ACAACUUUGUCGCACAGGAAGAAGUUCAAAAGAAAAAACAAAAAAAACGGACAGCGGUUCGCACAGUCGUACGUGUAAUUUUGUCUCCAUGAUCAAGAUGUUAUAUUCAAACGUGCGUGCAGAUAAUGAGCUGUAUUUCGACAUGCUGUUAUACUGUACAAAUCAUAAUAACGAUUGAUCAGCGUUCACGGAGGUGGGGAAGCAGCAGGUGGGGAUGCGUUUAGAGGAUUGGCUGGAGCUCUAACAGUUUGUCGUAGACGAGAGUACCGUGCGUGCAUCUACUUUCCCUACAUAGUGUAUUUUCAGGAUCGUUGACAGAUGAUAAUUACAAGCACGGUCAGUCCGUUGCUAAAAAUCGGUCUUCGAAUUUUCGGCGUGUGGCCAGACGUGCCAUACGCCGCCUUUCGUCGGCUGAUUCAUGUGUUAAGUAUAUUGAUAGUGCAGUACUUUCAGUAUCUGUAUAUAUACGCGCACUGUCGGCUGGGAGAGUUGGAAAAUUUUGUGGAGAGCUUACCGGCGACCUUUUACUACAGCUUGACUUGCAUUAAAGUGAUGACACUUUGGAUACAUCAUCGCAUUGUUCGCGAAGUAUUGGCUACCAUGGACACUGAUUGGUGCGAGUGCGUGAACGUUGAUCGGCACUUGCAUUUGAUGAAGAGGAAAGCUAGGCUCUCGCAUUUUUGCGUGAACAUUUGGUUGAGUCUGAACACGAUCGGCGGGGUAAUCUACUUCGGGAGUAACAACGCGAUGGCUAUCAUGCAUCUGGUGGGAAGCGACAAUAAUACUUCACGACCAUUUCCUAUACUUCAUGUAAGCGGACAAAUCGAUAUUAUAAGUCAAGGGCUCAAAAUGUAUCUGUGAGAAAAAACCCUAUCUGUGAGAAAAAACCCUAUUAUGAAUCUUCUGGCCAAACAGUAGGAAUGCUGAUCGAGAGGCAUAAUAAAGUCAUCACAUUUUCCGAGAAUUUUGAUAAACUUUUCUCCUUCAUGGCAUUGAUGCAGGUUUUUUGGAAUACAUUGGUCAUCUGCUUUCUAGGACUACUUAUUGUAACAUCUGUUCAUAACAAUGCUGAUGUCAUCCUGAUAAGAGCCGUAAUUGCUUAUUGCAAUAUCAUGUUGGAAACUUUUAUCUUCUGCUUUGCAGGAGAAUAUCUUAGUUAUAAGAGUAUAUCACUCGGCAAUGCAGGGUACGAAUCAUUAUGGUACAAUAUGUCGCCUACUCAUAGUAAAAAUAUAUUAUUCUUUAUCAUGAGGUCUCAAAAACAACUGACCAUCACUGCGGGAGGAAUGACAAGUUUAUCAUUAGAAGUCUUCACGAGCAUCAUGAAAGCAUCGGCGUCAUAUAUAUCUGUAUUAAAUGCGAUGUAUUGA